AUGCCGCCUUUAAUCUGAAGCAGAACAACAAAACAAACCAAAAUGGCGGCUUGCAUGAGUGAAAACGGUGCAAAUGGAAAACUGGAGUUCUUCUUAAAAGUCCCGUUCCCGACUGAAAGAGAGGCAAAUAUCGCUCUGCAGUCUUUAUCUCCAGAUCCCGAACCCAGGAAAGGAGGAAUCAGCAAAAGUCUGUGUGUGUCUGGACAGACGCUGUCUGUGAGCUGGGCUGCAGAUGAAGCUCGUAUUCUCCGUGUUUCUGUCAGUUCAUUCUUGGACCAUUUGUCUCUGGUGAUGGAAACCAUGGAUGCUUUUGGACCGCCUGUUUCACAGUGAAGCUCUAAGCAAGAAAUGUGGAUGCAGAUGCUGUUUGCACUGAGAAACAUCUGUUCAGUAUGGACUAAAAUAAUAAUAAAUGUAUUAAUGAAUGUA